CUCUCUCUAUAUCUCCUCCCCCCCUCCGUAUAAACUAAACUACUGAAUAAAACCUACCUACACCACAACUACAACCCUCUCUCUCUCUGAAUUACUUAUAGUAAAUAUAUAUAUAUAUAUGUAAGUUACAGAAUUAAAAAGGAGGGAGUAGAAGUUAGAAGAAGAGAAAAUGGAGGUGAAAUCAGAUGUUGGUCAACAACACUUUCAUGUCUUAGCCGUUGAUGACAGUCUUAUUGACAGGAAGCUUUUAGAGAGACUCCUCAAGGUUUCUUCCUACCAUGUGACGUGUGUGGAGUCUGGGGAUAAAGCUUUGGAAUACCUGGGCCUGCUUAAUAACCUUGAUCACUCUCAUUCUACACCUUCUUCUCCUUCAUCUUCUUCAUCACUAUCUUCUCCACACUGCUCAUCACCACAACAGGGAGGAUUGAAAGUCAACUUAAUCAUGACAGACUACUGUAUGCCCGGGAUGAGCGGCUACGAUUUGCUGAAACGAGUCAAGGGAUCUUUUUGGAAAGACGUACCAGUUGUGGUCAUGUCAUCAGAGAAUGUACCCUCCAGAAUCAGCAUGUGUUUGGAAGGAGGAGCAGAGGAGUUCCUGUUAAAGCCUGUUCGGUUAUCAGAUGUGAAGAAGCUUCAACCUUAUCUUCUAAAAUCUGUUAAUGAAAAUUCAUUCAACAGAAAAAAUAACGAGGAAGAGGAAGAGGAAGAAGAAGAAGAAGAAGAAGAAGAAGAAGAAGAGGAGAAUAAUCAGAAGAUCAGUCACAAGAGCAAAAGGAAGGCAAUGUCACCAGAACCCCCUACUGACACAAGACCUAAUAAAUUAAAAUUGGGUUAGUUGUAAUGUACAAUUAAUUAGCAUUAGUUUAAUCACCCCUAUUUUAUUUUACUUGUUAUAUAUAAUUAAUGCCUACAUUACAG